CAAUGAAAUGUCCCACAUAUUUGACAUAUGAUCACUGCCACAAAGCCUGCAUAAAGCACUGUGAGAAUAGUACCAAACUCAGUGUCUGCAAGGAUUAUCCCACAGAAGGCUGCUUCUGUCCAGACAGACAGGUGAUUUUUAAUGACAGCUGUGUUGAUGAAGAAGUCUGCACACAAUGCAUCAGUGAAGAUGGCACACACCAUCAGCACAUGGAAACAUGGGUUCCUGCUAGUGAGCCUUGCAAGAUCUGCACAUGUCUUGAUAACAAGAAAGUAAACUGCACCGUCCGACCUUGCCCUACUGCCAAACCUGUUCAGUGUGGUCCCUGUGAAGUCCCUCGUCUGCGCAGAGACCCCGGCCAGUGCUGCCCCGAGUAUGAGUGUGUCUGUGAUCUGGUUUCCUGUGAUUUGCCUUCUGCCCCUGCCUGUGAGUUUGGCCUGCAGCUUGCUCUGACCAACCCUGGAGAAUGCAGACCAAAUUACACAUGUGCGUGUAACAGAGAAGCGUGCAGCUUAGUCCAAAGACCUUCCUGCCCACCGCACCGAGAGCUGACUGUUAAGAAGACCGAGUGCUGUGAUAAAUAUGAGUGUACCUGCAGCUGCACUAACUCAACAGUGAGCUGCCCUCUGGGAUAUCUGUCCAGAUCUCUCACCAAUGACUGCGGCUGCGUAUCUACCACCUGUGUUCCAGGCACGGUGUGUGUGCACAACAACAUAGUCUACCCUGUUGGGACAACCUGGGAAGAUGGUUGCAGGGAAUGCUCUUGCACUAGUAUGAGGGAUGAUGUUACAGGACUUCAGAUGAUGGAGUGUCAUGACAAAGCAUGUAACACAUUCUGCUCUCGGGGAUAUAAGUAUAUCAUCCAAGAAGGGGAGUGUUGUGGGAGAUGCCAGAAGACUGCCUGUGAGGAGCAGCUAUUCUGGUCUCGGGGUGAUGCAGAUCCGCGUUUGCACGAGGUUGGCACAGAGUGGCGAUCCCCCUUCAACCAUUGCAUUAUCAAUGAGUGCAUCCGGGUGAACGAUGAGGUUUUUGUGCAGCAAAAGAAUCUUUCUUGCUCUCAAAUGGAUGUGCCUGACUGUCCAGAGGGAACUGAACUGCGCUGUGACCAAAUAAUAGACUGCUGUCCUUCUUGCAGAUGUGUACCUUUGAAUGGUUGCCCUUUGAAUGGCACUGUUAUUGGGCCAUGGAGACGCCUGAUGGUGGAUCAAUGCACAACAUGUCUCUGCUCCCUCCAGCCAACAUCGUCUCGGAGAUAUACUCUGACAUGUACAAAAUUAAGCUGUGAACCAUGCCCAAUAAAUUACAGAAGGCAGGAAAUCUCUGGCUCUUGCUGUGGAAAAUGUGUGCCAACUUCAUGCGGCAUUAGGCUCAGAGAUGGAAGGCUUAAAUACCUUCAGCCAAAUGAAUCACUUCAGGAUGGCUGUGAUAGUCACUCCUGCAAAGUAAACGAGAAAGGGGAAUUUAUCUGGGAAAGGAGAAUCACUGGCUGUCCUCCAUUUGAUUCCAGAAGAUGUUUGGCUGAAGGAGGCAGAAUUGCAAAAAUUGGCAAUACCUGCUGUGACACAU